CGAAUUUUCAAGGAUAGUUCCUGCUUCUGACAAAGCUGCUCGGUGUGUAGUCGCAAAGAAUCACCUGACUCUGUACUUGGACCAUUUCUCGGAAUGGUGGAUUAUCUCCUUAAUCACGAGAUACUUCAUCGGUAAACGGCUCGUCUGUACGCCAUACGUUCCCCUGUCAACAUCCAGAGACGGCAUGAACCCCAUCUUGCUCGUCAUUAAAGACGACUGCUACGGCAUGAAAGAGGAUACCAUACAAGAGUACAAGGCAGCCUAUCCUGAUGAGCCGUACUGUGUAUAUUGGAGACAUGGACCCCUACUUGUCAGACAUCUGGAAAACGAAGACGAAGUGUCAACACAGGAACUUAAAGUACGUGCUUUCUUUGACAUGACGACCAAUCGGAUGCCGUUCACUCUUCAGUCACGUGAACAAAAUGGUAUCCAGAGUUCUCGUCACGCUCAUCUUGAAGCAAAGAAUCACGAAGAAGAUCACCUUCCCAGUACUGUUCAAUGAUGUGCCGCGUGAGAAUCCAGUUACCCAAUCAACUCCGACAGGCUCUGCAUCGUCCAAAGGCAAAGCUGAACCAACUGAUGUUGGACGGAGAUCAUCCAAAUCAUCUCAGCUCUCCGAAGAGCAGACAAGAAGCAAGCAUCAUGAUCUUGAAACGAAAGGUUCAACAUCAACUGAGCCUGCAGAUACAAAGGACGGAAGUAGUCAUACUGAUGUCUUUACAAGACCUAGGCCGUUGCCUCCAUCAUCGAAAGAGUCACCGCCUUGUGAACUUGCCUACCAAGUCACACAUGACUACCACGUAACAGAGCCAGGAGCAAUUGCUCCGACAUCAUCGACAGAGCCCGUCCAUUCAUUAGAUUCUGCAGCAGAAGAGGCAAUGGGAGUCUUAGCCCCACAAGCAUCGGCGGCAAACGUUGUCCAAGAAUUGGUUCCAGGACCUUUAGCAGAUCGAAAUAUGCACCAGCGUCCUGGAAACGUCUAUAUCAACGUCAACAAUAUCAAAGUCAUCAACAAUUCCCAAGUAAAUAAUCCUCAUGGAAAUACUGCUGCCCCUGCCCCUGUUCCAAUUGCUUGCAUAGUACCUCCUAGGCUACAGCAUGAGCUGCGUUGUCGGUUGAAUAGAGAAAGCCCAGUUUUUGAUGACUGGAGGGGUCUUGCCAAUCAGCUUGAACUUCAAGACUACAUACAACAUCUGGAGCAGUGCAAGAAUCCGACUGAAGAACUACUUGUUCUUGCUGAGAGUCAAAAGAAGAUUCAGAACCUUGGGGACUUGGCCAAGGCGUUCGAACGCAUGAAUCGUGGGGAUUGUCAAGAGCUCUGCGAGAACUAUGCGUUUAAGAGAACAAAGACAGAUGAUGACACAGACACCAGUGAUUAGGAAACAGGCUCAAUGUGUUCCACAUCACCCUUUAAUCCAGGGUCUAUGGUUCUUUAAUCAGACAACCUGUGAACAUAGCAUUAUAUGGUUGUUGUAAUCCACCAACUGCCUGUCAUUUGGUUAAAAAAA